AUUGAGAGGGGUGUGGGAUUUAUUGGAUCUUCAUGUCAGAACAACUCGGAGUGCACCGUGCCAGACUCUGUCUGUGUCAACUCGGAGUGCAUGUGUGACCCAGGGCUGUCCUUCUCACCACUGUCAGCGACCUGCAAUGCCACUUGCACCUCGUACGGUCCUCAUUACACUGCAGUACACGGCUACCACAUCGGUCACAACAACAUGGCUACUUUCAGGGAGGUCACUAGACAGCAGUGCAGAGAACACUGCUCAAGCACGACCAACUUUGUCUGUCGGUCAGCUGAUUGGGCAAACGGGAGGUGUGACCUCACUUCGGCAACUCUGAAGACUGUCCAUGCAAAUAACUACUUUAAAGGACAGGAUAAGGAACUCAAAACGCAUUUUGUUAGAGAAUGUGAAAUAUAACCUUGUUGCCAAUCUUCCGUGUUCUCUUUGAAUUACUAGUAUACCAAACCUGGCUCACCUGAACGAAUAGCACAUGCUUUUUCCCCCCUUGAUGAUUUUAGGUUUUUGGUUUUUGUUUGUUUGUAUUUUUGUUU